GUUUUUAAGUUUUAAGUGUGUAACAAAAAAACAAAAAAAAAUAGGUGAGUGAACUAACAACAACGAAGACGAUGGUUUCGUUUCGCUUCCCUUUCUCGUUUUCUCAGCCCUCACUCCCCAAACCACCGCGUGCCACGUCAUCCUACAGAUUCCCCGUUUCCGUCAUCGCCGCGACCGUCACCGUUGGAGCCGCAGCUGCCGGAGCUGCGAUCGCGGCGUCACGGGAUCACAGGCAUCCGAUUCUGGAAUGGGUCAUCUCCUCUCAGCGUUCGUCUCUGUUACCAUGGGGAUCUAUAACUCUAGCCGAAUCCAGCUCCGAAUCCGUUGUUGAACCUAAGACCGGUUUCUCGUUUCCGGCUACAAUAGGAGAUUCCAGGCGAUUACUCGGCGUCGGGCUGAGGAAGAAGAGCUUACUGGGACUGAAGAACAUCGAUAUCUACGCAUUCGGCGUGUAUGCUGAUUGUGACGAUGUGAAGAAACUUGUGGGCCAGAAAUACGCAAAUCUUCCAGCAUCUGAGCUCAGGGGGAACAAAGCAUUCAUGGAUGAUCUCAUGGAAGCCGAUAUAAAGAUGACUGUAAGGCUGCAGAUUGUGUACAGCAAACUCACCAUCCGUUCCGUUCGUAAUGCUUUCCAAGAAUCUGUCGGCAACAGACUCAAGAAGUUUGGUGGCUUAGACAACGAUGACUUGCUUCAAAGCUUCACUAGCCUGUUCAAAGAUGAGUAUAAAAUUCCAACAAGCUCCACAAUCGAUUUGACCCAGAACCCAGGCCAUGUACUCGGCGUAGCAAUUGAGGGAAACCAUGUGGGGAGUGUGAAGAGCAAACUCUUGUGUAGGUCAAUCUUAGACUUGUACAUUGGUGAAGAACCGUUUGAUAAGAAUGCAAGAGAAGAUUUUCUAGACAAUGUGGCUUCUCUAGCCAGCGACAAGUAGAGUAGCUCACGAGGUUCAGAAGAAACCAAGUUUGCUCUUUGUUAUCAAUAUAUACGGCGUGAUGUUGAGAACUGUAUUUGAAAUAAAUGGCUUGCGGAGUGGAUUUUGUUAGUCUAAAUAUAUAUACACUACACCAAUCAUAAUCAAAGAAAAUCGACCCCA